UCGAAACGCUCUAAACUUCAGAGGGUCUCUUUAAGGUGGUCCAGCCCCUCCAUCAGUCACACUGAGUUCAGGUCAGUUUCUCUUCACACAUCUGUCGGAGUCCGCUAGAGACCCGAGCAGCUUCUCUCCAGUAAUGAAUGCUCUUUUCGAGAAGAUCGUUGUCAGGUUUUGCCAGGAUUCUGCUCGUUCUGCUUUCUGAAUGCUGCGUUACAGAGAAUAGUCCGUCUGUUCCCUUAAUGGAGCUAUAUUGUGCGUGCACGAGGACUUCCCUUGUAACCUCACUGCUUUAGAUCCGUGAUUGUGAGGAGAGACUAUGUGUUCUUCAGGAUGGGUGCGAACAACGGCAAACAGUGUGGGAGUGAAGGCAAGGGUAGCUCCAGUAUCUCCUCCGAUGUGAGCUCCAGCACUGAUCAUACGCCCACCAAAGCUCCCAAGAAUGUGGCUACCAGUGAAGAUUCGGACCCGAGCAUGAGGACGCUUAGCACUCCCAGUCCCGCUCUCAUUCUGAAGCCAAACCCUCUUCAAACAGUCCCAAACGGCCAUGAAACGUCUUCCACGUCUUUUACCGUCACUGGCGAAACAGUGGCGCUGGUACACGUGCCUCCAGGAUCUCGCUCACGGCCUUCCAGAGUUCCCCCCACCGCCCUCAUCGACACCCUGCCCGACCCCGUGUUAUUACAGGUGCUGUCUUACCUGUGCACCCCCCAGCUGUGCCGCUGCGCUCGAGUGAGCCGCCGCUGGUAUAACCUGGCCUGGGACCCACGGCUCUGGAGCACCAUCCGUCUGACCGGAGAGCUGCUGAGCGCUGACCGAGCCCUCAAAGUGCUCACCCAUCGCUUGUGUCAGGACACUCCCAACGUCUGUCUGACCCUGGAGACGGUGGUGGUCAGCGGCUGCCGGAGACUGUCUGAUCGAGGGCUGCGUGUGCUCGCUCAGUGCUGUCCAGAACUGCGGCGUUUGGAGGUUGCGGGCUGCUAUAAUGUGUCCAACGAAGCAGUGUUUGAUGUGGUUUCCCAGUGUCCCAAUCUGGAACAUCUAGACGUGUCAGGCUGCCCUAAAGUGACCUGUAUCAGCUUGACGGAGGAGGCGACUCUACAGCUCACACCUCUACAUGGACAGCAGAUCAGCCUGCAGCACCUGGACAUGACAGACUGUGUAUCACUGGAGGACAAAGGCUUGAGGACCAUUGCAUUUCAUUGUCCGCGUCUCACACACCUCUACCUGCGGCGCUGCAGCCGGCUAACAGACGAGGCCCUGCGACAGCUAGCACUGCACUGCACUGCUUUACGUGAGCUUAGCCUUAGCGACUGCCAUCUGAUUGGAGACUUUGGCUUACGUGAGGUCGCUCGCCUUGAGGGCCGUUUACGCUAUCUGAGCGUGGCGCAUUGUAUGCGCAUAACAGACGUUGGACUGCGCUAUGUAGCACGUUACUGUCCGCGGCUCCGCUACCUGAAUGCGCGGGGAUGCGAGGGGCUAACAGACCAGGGUUUGGGCCACUUAGCUCGCAACUGCUCCCGAUUGAGGUCCAUAGAUGUUGGACGCUGUCCGCUGGUGUCAGACAUUGGGUUGGAGGUGUUAGCACGUUGUUGUGAAGGGCUACGAAGGCUGAGUCUGAGAGGCUGUGAGAGUUUGACAGGGAGAGGGCUCAUGGCGCUAGCAGUGGGAUGUCCCGAGCUGCAGUUACUAAACGUACAAGAGUGUGAGGUGCCACCUGAGGCACUUCGACUGGUCCGACAGCACUGCAGACGCUGUGUUAUCGAACACACUAUACCUGCUUUCUACUGAGGGGACAGGUUGGGGACGCCAGAGGUGUCGACCUCUUAGAAAAACAGAUGUUUAUACUUUUUGCAUUCCUAUGACUGCCUGAUGAGAUGCAACAAGGUGGAUAUGUCUCAAAACAUGGUACUGGGGUGCUUAGUCCAGGGGUCACCAAACUUGAUCCAAAUUUGCCUCAACACACCUGCCUGGAAGUUUCAAGUAUACCUAGUAAGACCUUGAUUAGCUUGUUCAAGUGUGUUUAAUUAGGGUUGAUGCUAAACUCCUCUUUUUCUCACUCCUUCGUCCACCAUCCUAUGACUUUGGCUGCGUUCCAGUUCACUUUUGUUAUAACCUACACUCGCUAACUUCCUUCCAUCUCAUUACUCGGAUGAACAUCAUUGAUUACGUUGCAUGAGUACCCACUACUGGCCGAAUGGAAUGGGCUGAAUUGGAACAUCCUAAGCCCUUCAUCACUUAGAAUAUGCUAUGGAGUUGGUUUACUGUUAACACAUUUCCCCUUACAAAAUAGUUUGGUGAAGCAUUCUAUAUGUAUAU